AUGUGCCCAUUUACUACAUUUUGCCCAUUUUUCACCCUUAUCUUCGGAAAAUCGACCCGUACGAAAUCAACAUUCAGCAUCGCUUUCACGUUGCCUUCGUCUGAAGAUGAAUCAUCCAACUUAAGGCUUCCGCUGCAUUCUGAACUUGAACUGGAGGGGGAAGGUAUCUAUCCGCAUCUGCAUAUUGAUACAAUAAACAUUACACAUCGAUGACUCAAUCCCAAUUUGUUUUGAAUUUUCGCCAUCACAAUGAAGAUUGGCUCAGAAUAUUUAAUGGUUCUCGUGAACCAGAAAAGAAACAGUUGUGCAGUG